UGCGUGUCACAAUCUCUUACAGUCGUGAAUUGGUAAGAGCUGCAAACGUAACGCAACGAACGUUUCCCGAUUAAAAACGUGGUUUGGUAAAAUCAAUGGCGCAUCUAUCGUCUGGCAACCCGCCGCAAGCGGCCAAAGGUACCAGACAGGGAAGGGCUCUGGCAUCUGAGAAGCUAGCGUACCUGCAAUGGUACCGGACAGGGAAGGACACCAGCUACCGAGUCAUAAGACUCAGUAGCUCAGCUAGCAGCCGGUAGCCAGAAUUCCUCACAAUUUGUGCUUACCUGUGAUCACAGUCCAAACCUCCAAUCUCAAAACUCUUGAUUGAACCAUGGGCAUGGAUAUGAACAACAUGGAUAUGGAUUCCACCACCGACUACAUGCCCCCUACCUGGAGUCUGAUUACAGGAAGAGAAGCGACGAUUUUUGGUCAUGUAGUACCUGGUUUGGUCUAUGCCAUUGGGGCAUUGACUGUGGCUCUUGUGUCCUACCACCGGGCCAACAAUCUCCCUCCUGGGAAGUCAUUUAUGGAAGCUCAUGUUCCCGAAAAAGACAAGCGUUUUCUCUUUCUCUUUGGCUUUUGGAUUGCUGCUGCCUUGCUCCCCAUACUAAUUUGGCAAACAACUUUGGGACUGCUUCAAAAAGGAUAUUUUGACACUUCUGUAGAUAACAUGGUCAUCAUUUUGUCAUUUUUCCAUGUUGGAGUCCUGGCGAUGCUGGAGUCCAAGGGGCGGCUCCCACCCGACUCUUGGCGACGUGGCAUUGCAUUGGCCUUUUUUCUUCAGACCAUCAUCAUGGUACCUCACUCGAUGAUGCUGGCACACGUGGUACAAAGGAGAUUCCAUGGCAUCCUUGCUUUUUCUGGAUUUGGAUGUGCACUCAUGAUGUCGCAUUCGGUGUAUGAUCCAACCAGCGGUAUGGCAUUUAUUGCCAGCUUGGCACUAAUCGUUCUUCACGGGGCAUGGUGGAUCACUAUUGGGUUUUACUCUUGCUGCUUUGACAUGCCGUUGCAUCACAUUACAACGAAGUUUGCCCUGGAAAUCCUUGGGAUUGCCAUGGCAUCAGCUUGGGCUGUGUCGACCUUGGACAUUCCUAAAAAGGAGAAUGUGCAGGGCGGGGGAUCUGAAGAACUGUCCCUUUGGCGUAGACUGCAACAGGACAAUUGAUGGAGACAGGAGGUAACAAGAGACACAUACAUGUGUGUGAAACCAACCAUGCCACCAAGCUAUAAAGUUUAACAUCCGUAAUUGUCGGCUAGGCUUGCCUUUUCGAUGUCUCUGCACCAAUUGUGCAAACAGAGAUUC